AUGACGUACUGGCGUUUCAUCUUGUGUACUCUGGCGUUCUGUUGUGGGGCGCAUGCGCAGCAUGUUAGUGAAGCACGUAUUCGCUCGCUCCUGCCCCAAAGCGUUGCCUUUAAACUGCUUCUUCUGAAACCACCCGCACCCAGCGGCAGCUUGUUGCCACAAAGAAAAGCCCCAACAAGCACACAGGCAGGAUCCUUCAACGGAGGUCCGUUAAUUCGAUCUGAUCCACGACUUGGCUCUGGUUUGGUGCACCCUCUACUUGAUCCUAAUUAUGGUAGCAACCAGUUCAAUGGCGUUGGUGGUUACUCCGAGACCAUCUCACCAACAGGUUUUCCCGAAGGUAUAUCUGGAUCUGGCGCAUUUGCUGAUACUUCCGGAGGGUCUUUGGGUUUCACAGGAAGUAAUCCGCUUGGUUUGCCUGGUAUUGAUUCAACCGGGCUUCAUGGGAGUUUCAUGGGGUCCGGGGGUUUACUUGGCGACAUGACAGGAGCUGGGAAUGCUGGGCUAGCCCUUGAACAACUUUCAGGUGGAUUUGGACAAGACCCGGUUGGCGAUAUAUUCGGGACAUCGGGACAGAGUGGAGGUCUUCUUGGACUGGACUUGACACCGGGUAGUCUUACAAGUGUUUUUCCUGGUGGAGCGGACACACUAGCUGGACAACCUGAGAAUUCACAGGGAUUUGGCAUGUCUAUGGGGCAGCCUGGCGAUUUUCUUGGUACAGGUAUGGGACAUGUAGAGUAG